AUGACUGUCAAUCCGGUGCUAAAGCGAAUCUUGAUAGGUACUGGACUCGUCCUCACAUUGCUCUUCUUCCUCAAAGAGCCGUUGCGGCGACUACCAUAUCAGUAUGCACACCGGCAAGUCAACAAAACCGUUACGCACCAAAUUGAAGAUGGCAUAAAGACCCCUGAGAAUAUGUUGUCGGAGGUAAGGCAAUGGCAAGAGGAGACUAAGGUGAAGAAAAUAGUCGGUCUGGUCUUCUACGGGAGACGCCAACAAGCCUCUAUUUUGGACUGUUACCUCAAACGCAACCUUGCAAAGAAUGGGGGAGUUCUUGAUGAGGUUAUUUGGCUGCAACGGACAAAAGACAAUGCCGACUUGGCUUUUCUGGACAAGCUUAUGAGUUCCGAAACAAGCUACUCGAGGGUUGAUGUAGAACGCAUAGAAGGGGGAUUUGCGAGCGCAUACGACGUAAUCGACGACGACAUCUUGUAUGUAAAGGUGGACACGGACAUUGUUUAUAUUGAAGAUACUACAAUAUUGUCCAUGGUUCAUACCCGCGCUGUUCGACCGGAAUACUACGUUGUUGGUGCCAACGUUAUCAACCAACCUCUAAGUAGUUGGCUACACUGGGGCCUGGGAGCUGUACGGCCAUAUUUACCAGAGAACAAAACAUACGGGGCUAAGCACGAGCAAAGCCAAGGGUCUGUCGACUGGCGUGCUUCGGUCCUACCACAAUGGAGCGCACCAAAGGAUUUCGAUAUCGCAGGAUGGUCUCCACCAGAGGGUCGAAAGCAUCGAUGGCUUCCUGUUCCCAAUCGCGUCAAUGACCACAUUCUUGACGGGACACCUAUUCUUACGACAACGUACGACGCCCAUACGAGCUCGGGGUGGUGGAACUGGAUAGUCGGCGCGCAGCAGCACUACAGCUUUUUUGAGAACUUGGAAAAGGAUGAACUAUGGCGGUAUCGGUUUCAUACCUGGGACUACCGGGACCUGCGAAUGGGGAUACAAUUGAUCGCAAUCACUGGUAGAGAUAUCAAUAUUGCCAAGCCAAUUGCCCAAGAUGACGAGGACUAUUUCUGUGUCCAAAUGCCGAGGAAAUUGGGACGAACUGCGGUUGCUGCUGGGGGAGGUGUUGCAUCUCAUUUCAGCUUUAGUGCCCAAAAAGAUGGUAUGGACACGACGGAUAUAUUGGACAGGUAUCGAUCAUAUGCGCAGGAAAAGAUCUGCAAUGGUCCGAUGCUAUGGACUUCCGAGGCAGAUGACACACUGUUGUAA